UGCUCGGUGGUUUUCUUUUCGACGUCCGUGCUCUGCUUCCUUCCCGCCGCUAGCUGCGUCUCGGGGUGGUAGUGCAUGGGAAGAAGGAGGAGGAAGCACCGAGCCUGAGCGAGCAACAGAGUUCUUGGACGGGGAAGAUGAAGUUCAUGAAGCUCGGCUCCAAGCCGGACGCCUUCCACUCCGCCGGCGCCGACGUCAGAUCUGUGGUCUCGGACCUUGCAACAGAUGUCAUUGUGCAUGUUGGUGAAGUCAGAUUCUGCUUACACAAGUUUCCCCUUCUUUCCAAGAGCAGAAAGCUUCAGAAGCUAGUGGUCAAGGCAACUGAGGAGGGGACAGAUGAGAUCCACAUAGAUGACUUGCCCGGGGGAGCAAAAGGGUUUGAAAUAUGUGCAAAAUUCUGCUAUGGGAUGGUUGUCACCCUCAGUCCCCACAAUGUUGUCGCAGCAAGAUGUGCAGCAGAGUACCUUGGAAUGACUGAAGAUAUGGACAAAGGGAACUUGAUAUUCAAAAUUGAGGUCUUCAUAAACUCCAGCAUCCUCCGUAGUUGGAAAGAUUCGAUCAUUGUACUCCAGAGCACAAAGGAACUACUACCUUUGUCUGAAGAGCUAAAGGUUGUUGGUAGAUGUAUCGAUGCCAUUGCCUCGAAGACAUCUGUGGAUCCUGCCAAUGUAUCCUGGUCAUACAGUUAUAACAAGAAAGGAGUACCCUGCACUGAGAUAAUUGAGUCGGCAGGAAAAACAUCGGUAGCUCCCAAAGACUGGUGGGUUGAGGACUUGUGUGAAUUGGAUGUUGAUCUCUACAAGAGAGUUAUGGCUGCUAUCAAAUCCAAGGGGCGAAUGUCACCUGACUUGAUAGGAGAAGCCCUUAAAGCCUAUGCAGUUAGGUGGUUGCCGGACUCUUAUGAUGCUCUGGUUGCUGAUGAUUACAUGAGAAGGAACCAAUGCUUGGUCGAGACCAUAAUAUGGUUGCUGCCGUCAGAUAAGAGCUCAGGUUGCUCUUGCAGAUUUCUUCUGAAACUGUUGAAAGUUGCUAUAUUAGUUGGGUCUUUGGAUCAUGUGAAGGAAGAGCUCAUGAGAAGGAUUAGUUUCCAGUUGCACAAAGCUACGGUGAAGGAUCUCUUGUUGCCGGCUGCUUCACCCAGUGAUGGCGUGCAUGAUGUUCGGUUGGUGCAUAAUCUUGUCCAGAGAUUCGUUGCAAGAACCGCAUUGUCGCACAAUGGUGAUUUUGUCGAGAAAUCUGAUGAAAAAAUGAUUGAGCUCAACUUUGAGCAAGAAUCCACUUUGGCUUUAGGAGAGUUGGUUGAUGGCUACCUAUCUGAAGUAGCUUCAGAUCCAGACCUUGAAUUCUCUACCUUUGUAGAACUAGCUACAGCGGUGCCAGAAGCAGCUAGACCUGUUCAUGACAGCUUGUACUUCGCGGUUGAUGCUUAUCUCAAGGAACACCCAAACAUAAACAAAGCUGACAAAAAGAAGAUUUGCAGCCUGGUAGAUGUCAAGAAGCUUACCACAGAUGCAUGUGUGCACGCCACGCAAAACGACCGCCUGCCUCUGCGGGUGGUGGUGCAGGUCCUCUUCUUCCAGCAGCUGAAAGCAGGUUCAAGCAGCGCGCUAGCUCUAACUGACAGCGGAGAUCAUGCUUGCCCAAAGCUUGUACAGGAACAAAGUGAGCAAUUCGAAAGGCGGAUACCCAGGCACCCUAACAAGCUAAGUAAGCAAGUCACGAGCCUAAGCGCAAGUGGAGAGCGUGAACAGCGGAACAUCGAGCUCAGGGGAGGCAGAAACAGCUUCAAGGAUCAACUUGUAGGCAGAAACAGCUUCAAGGAUCAACUUGUGGGCAGAAGCAGCUUCAAGGAUCAGCUGGGAGGCCUCUUGCUGCAGUCACGGUCUAGGAGGAUAUUUGACAAGCUAUGGAGCAGCAAGGGGCAUGGAGAGAACGGCAAAGGUUCGGAGACGUCUGGUAGCUCGCAGAGCCCGCCGAUGACGGCGAAGCCCACGGAAGUGAAGCCCUCCCCUCUCCCCCCUCUUAGAAACAGAAGAUAUUCUGUUUCAUAGGGGCGCUCUUCCUGUUUCUUCUCCUCUCGUUUUAGUUUAGCUUUGCGUUAGGUUGUACAGAAAAGAGACGUUUAUCAGCUGAUGCUCAUCAUUUUUGUUUGCCCCUUGCUCUGUCAAUGGAGAAAGUAUGGGGGAGCAGUUCAAUCAGCUGCUUUCUGUAUGGUUAUCCAAGUUGUAGCCUGCAAUAGUGUAACCUUAUAACUAGAUAAAAGGCCAGCUAGUGUUCUUGGAAAUGUUUCUGACGAACAAGUAGGGUGAAAUGGUCCAUGUGAUUUGUGUAAACUCCCAUCCUACUGUCAAACAGAUUACUGCCAGACAGUAAAACACUAUGGGCUUUGAAAGAAAAUUGGAUUGGCAGGAGUAUAUUUCAGUUUA